UCACAGAUCAAAGCGGCGCCUCUUUGCCGGCCGCCCGCUCCCCUCUCUGCCCUCCCUCUCCCCGCCCCCCUCAUCUACUAUCGAGCUCAACAGUGCAUCAAGAACAACCGAUUGCUCGUCAUCUCCUCGUAUGGCCUGGGACAGCUGUGUCAGAAGGAUUUUGCGGUCGCCGAGCCGCACCAUCACCCGCAGGAAGCCGCCGAGGUCGGUCUUGUGAGUUGAGAGGAUGUCGGGCGUCAGCAGCGGCUCAGCGAUCUCCUUAUAUGUCCACUCGUCCAGUGACUGGUCGCUGCCCCGCCAGCCCAGCCAUGCGGUCAACACCCGCAAAGGCGACACGCCUGGCGCCCUGAUGUGCGCCAAAUAGCAUGCGAUAUACUCUGACACCUGCAUCAUCAGACAGCCACUUCAUUCAUGCUCCAUUCUGCCCACCUACAUCGUGAUGCUUACCUCGUUGCGGAUUGCGGCGCCUAUGUCCUGGAUGGCAUCCCACUGCUGCUCCAUGAUCAUCAUUCGCAAGCAGUGCAGGACGAGGCACCUGAACACCAUCACGUUACCACACCACAUCCGUCCACCCACCCACCCACCCACCCACCCAUCCAUCCAUCGAGUGUCCUACAGUGACGCACCGCAUCGGCAGGAAUCGUUUCCUCAUAGUGGCCUUGACGUCCUUGACCCUGGUGUCCUUGCCAACGAAUGCCGUAUGGUGGUUGAAUGGGAUAGUAUGGGUCAGGCCGGCGCGUAACCCACUGCCGAGGAGGCCCAUGGUGAAGAGGGGGAGGCGCUCGUGGCUCUCCGAGUCGGUGCAUUCAAAGAGGCAGGUGUCCUCGGUGAUGUUGGUGAGAGUAUCGCCAUCGCCGCCAUCGCCGAUGGACAUCUUGACGGACAAUGAGAAGCAGAAGACUCUCUGGGAGUCCGAUUGGUGGAAGUAUGCGCUGUUCAUCUCGAAUGAACGAACGUUGCUGAGAGGCAUGGUCGACGUGUCGUUGACGUCGCCCUGCCGGAUGUAGUAGGAAGCGCCUCCGGAGUCUUCGGUUGCCUCG